UGUAGGAGGAAUGCUGGGUGUUUGUGCCUGUUACCUGAUGAUAGAAGGCCAUCAGUUAUUUGGACAGUGAAGAAGUAUGCAUGGUUUAGGCUAGUCCUAAACUAUGGUUGGAGCAGGAUGGUCUUCGGCUAAGCACUUUUGGAGGAGGGGGAAUAACAGUGGUAAUUGACAAUCGUUCAGGGUGUGGCCGACAUAGGUUACUGCGUAGUAUGGGGUAAUUUGCUUUUAGUGGAUAUAGAAGCUUUUAAGUGCUUGCUUCACUAAUACUAUUCUCACUACAUAUACGGAAGAGCACAGCUGGUGUUUAUCCUCGGAGGCAGCAAAUCCUGUUAUUUAUCUCUCUAUUCUGAUUUAUUUAUAAAGUUAUGAAUGGUCCAUUAAACUAAGUUUGGGUGUCUCUCUCCCCAGAUUCAUUCUCCUUCUAGCUUUAUCCAUCCUGGUCCUACACUGCCCGAUGUUGUGGGCUGAUGCAUUUUCCCCUUAAUUCCUCUCCCUUAUUCCCCUCCCUUUUCCCUCCCUCCCUAUUCUCCCCCCAAUACAAGGUUAUUUGGGAGAUUAGAGUUCAUUAAUUAAAUCCUGUGCCUAGAUCGAACUGUAACAUUAUUCCAAUCACAUUUAUCUUGCAUCGGCGAAGAAGGAUGGCAGCCCCACUGGAAACUCGCGGUGUAGAAUGAGCAGGCAGCGGAGAGGAGACGUAGAACGCAGCCAGCUGCCAUUUCGACACCGCAGCUCCAGCCCUCCAUUUUAUUUUUAAUUCUUCAUUGUCCCGGCUCUCCCUUUCCUAGGGGGUUCGGAUUCUCUCUGUCUGCCCACUCCCACCCUUUCGCUAUUCCCUCAGCCCAGCGUCCCCCCCCCCGCCCCACGCAACAGACACAUACACACACACACACACACACACACACCCCUAACACACGCACCCCCACGCUCGCCACCACCCCCCUUCCCUAAGCAGCCGUUUGAAACUCAAUGGACCGAUUUCUUGGGUUUCACUGACUUACGUCUUCCCCAAGAUGAGAAAUUGCAAAAUGGCCCGGGUGGUUAGUGCACUGGGGCUGGUCAUGCUCAGCGUCGCCUUGCUGAUUUUAUCUCUGAUCAGCUAUGUGUCCUUGAAAAAGGAUAACAUCUUCACGACUCCCAAGUACGCCAGCCCGAGGGUGCCCCGAAUGUAUAUGUUCCACGCGGGAUUUAGGUCACAAUUUGCAUUGAAAUUUCUAGACCCAUCAUUUGUACCCAUUACGAAUUCUCUGACCCAGGAACUCCAGGAGAAACCAUCUAAGUGGACAUUUAACCGAACAGCAUUUUUACGUCAAAGGAAAGAGAUUCUUCAACAUGUCGAUGUAAUAAAAAAUUUUUCUUUGACAAAGAAUAGUGUUCGGAUUGGACAGCUGAUGCACUAUGAUUAUUCCAGCCAUAAAUAUGUUUUCUCUAUUAGCAAUAACUUCCGAUCACUGCUUCCAGAUGUGUCACCCAUUGUGAAUAAGCAUUAUAAUAUUUGUACUGUCGUUGGAAAUAGUGGGAUCCUGACAGGGAGCCAGUGUGGACAAGAAAUAGAUAAAUCUGAUUUUGUUUUCCGUUGCAAUUUUGCUCCCACCGAGGCAUUUCAAAAAGAUGUUGGAAGGAAAACCAACCUUACCACUUUCAACCCUAGCAUCCUGGAAAAGUAUUACAACAAUCUUUUGACCAUUCAGGAUCGUAACAACUUUUUCCUCAGUUUAAAAAAGCUUGAUGGGGCAAUCCUCUGGAUCCCUGCAUUUUUCUUCCAUACUUCAACAACUGUUACCAGGACACUAGUUGAUUUUUUUGUCGAGCACAGAGGUCAGUUAAAAGUCCAAUUGGCUUGGCCUGGAAAUAUAAUGCAACAUGUCAACAGGUACUGGAAAAACAAACGGUUGACACCCAAACGGCUGAGCACAGGUAUUCUUAUGUACACCCUUGCAUCUGCAAUGUGUGAAGAGAUCCACUUGUAUGGAUUUUGGCCAUUUGGAUUUGACCCCAACACCCGGGAAGACCUUCCUUACCAUUACUAUGACAAAAAAGGAACCAAAUUUACAACCAAGUGGCAGGAGUCCCACCAGCUUCCUGCCGAGUUUCAGCUACUAUACAGAAUGCAUGAGGAGGGACUGACCAAACUGACUUUGUCACAUUGUGCCUAAGAACUUCAAACUCUAAGUGCCAAACGAUUGUUUUAAAAGUGCCCCAAACCAAAUUGAAUAUUCUUCAAAAGUAGAGCCCUUUUAGGGUCACAUGUUUACUAAAACUAUUUUCCACAGCUUAAAAAGUCAAGAUGUUCUCUAUUGCCCUGCCCACUGGUCUUCAAGAAUCUUAGCACAUUUAGCAAGGCCAACAAAAACUCCACUUUUUUGAGAUGUAAGAAUCUUUAAGGAAUUGAUGAAAGAAAUUUUAAAUUUAUAAAUAUGCUAUUAAAUAUAUGUUUUAAAGUAUUUUCAUAUUGAUAUUUUAGCAGCAAAGAAACAGCUGUCUAUUUUAAGCAUUCUGUGCUAAGUAGAACUAGAAAUAGUGUUUUCCUGAGCUCUGCUCAGGAUAUGGGCAGAGCUGAGACAAGGCACCUAAGGAGAGAUUUGAAAAUGCCACCCUUCACCCCUUCACUAGAGAAUUUCAGCUCCCCUCUCCCUAUAUCCAUGUUAUUUUACAUCAGAAACUUGGAAUUGUCAGGGUAAUACAAAGGAUUACUUUACAUAAAAUAAACACCUGGAGAGCAGAAUUUUCUGUGAUUCCAAGUAUGUGCAUAUAUAUAUAUAUAUAUAAGCUAAUAUUAAAAAUUUGCCUUGGUGCCCAUUUCUUCCCUUCACAUUUCCUCUAGGCUUUCCCCUUUCCUACCCAGAGCCCUAGUUCAGCAUAGCAUCAUAUUACUGUGGUUAAUUUAAGAGGGAUCUCUAUUUAACAUUAUGUUCAGACCCUUUAAAUUGGUAAUAGAGAAAAAACUGAUUUCCAUAGCCUACUUACCCCCCCCUCUCUCUCUCUCUUUUUUUCUUUCUCUCCCUCCCCGCCAUGUGAGAUUUUCUUUUACUUAUUUAAUUGUUUUUUCCACUGUGGGUUGCCUGUUUGCUUGAUGCAUUCAUGACAUUGAGUAACUUUGAUGCUUCCAUCCAAUUUCUUUUCAAACUGAAUAAAUUAUAAUACCUUUAUGUUACAUUAUUUUUCUACAGAAAAUAUCCCUUUAUAUUUGCUCAUGUGCUGGGAUCCACUGCAGGUCAAAUCAUGAGCUCUGAAUUUAAAGUGAUACAUAAUAUGUCUCUCACUGUUUAUUACAGAGGAAACUAAAGACAUGAGUGGCUUCUUGUACUUGGUUGGCCACUAGCAUAAUGGUAAUUGAUUCUGUAAGGGACCAAGGGCAUUUAAACCUGGGCUCCAUUUAAAAUCUUUUAAGCCAAACUAGGCAGUGAUUCUGAGAAGUUCUCAGAAUACAGUCAUAGUUAUAUUUGGAAUUUAGGCCUUCUGUGAGAUGGAAGAUUAUUUAUUAGCACACAGUUAAUCCAAAGAGUCUUCACACUAAACUGCUUUCUCACAUGAACUGCUCUUUUUUGGGGCUACAAGAUCAUUAGUUUGAUGAUCUCUAGAACAAGGAAUGUUGGAGAGUGGUAGAAAGGAAGAGAUUUUUUUUUGGAUUUGAUGCUUCUCCCCAGGUCACCUAAGACCCAGAUCCUGAAUAUUCAGUGUUCAAAGUAGUAUUAAGUCUAUGGGUUCUAGUUGACAGUUUUUCAUGGCUAUCAUCUCAUAAAUGACAAUUUUGUCCCAGGAGAAGUGUGAAUUCCUGGUAUUUCUUUACCAAGUGAAGUCUUGUACACCUCUGGGUCUUUUGUAUACUUCUUUCCAAUAAAUCCAACCAAAUCAGAUCUAUUAUAGCUAUAAUUCAUGAAGUAUUUAGGAGGAAAAAGAGUUGAGCAGUUCAGGAAAUACCAGGAUCUUGGACAAAAUUAUCUUCUUUGUGAAGCUGUAUAGACUGUACUAUGAGGACCCUUCCAUUUUUCCUUUUUUUCUAAUGCAGGAAUAGAAAUCACCAUCCCUCCAAAUCACUGAUUUCUUAAUGAAUGAUUCUUUGUUUUUUUUAGUCUGGGCAGCAGUCUGGACAAGAAAAAGUUAAAUUUUAUUGUGAUAUUUCUUCUUUCUUUCUAAAUGCCAAUCAAGCACAUUUAUAAUCUGUAUUGGGCAGACAGCUCAUUCUUUUCCAUAAAUCACAUCUAAAUUUUUUGUAUUCCCUAGACUACAGUGUUACAAAUAUGAUUUGAAAAUAAUUGCUGAGAUGGAAGAAUCAAAUCAGAGCCCUUCUUUGAUGUGUACAUUAUAUCUAAAAAAGAAUUAAGUUUAGUUGUGAAAGAUACUGCAUACACACUGCCUGAGUCUGGAGAAGUAGGUUGUUUGGGUUUUGUUUUCUCCAGACAACCACCUAAAGUCAUUAUGAUCAUAACUUUUUUGCUCAAGUCAGGAAUUAACCAUUGAAAAAUCUGAGAGAUUAGUAUGUGUCUGAGGAUAAAAUGACUUCACUGGAGGCAAUACAACUAAAACUGUAACUAUAUGUGUAUGUGUAUAUAUAUAUAUGUGUGUGUGUGUACAUACACAUGUACAUAAUAUAAUAACUUUAUUAUGGACAUCAUAUGAAUGAUAAUCAUUGGCUAAGAAGAAAGACGGCGAGAUGUUUCAGGAUUAGAAACAACAAAAAACUGUCAUUGAAAGAAUAUCCAUGUUAUUUUUUAAUCCUGCCCUACAAUUUGAUGAGCUAUGUAUGGAACUGUUCCAGGAAUCUGUUAGAAAUUUAGCCUGUUAUUCACCUGUCCUGUUCAAAUUGUUGUAUGUUGUUUAAAUUCUAUGGGCUAAGUUUCUAUUUUGCAGCCAAGAUUGACAGGAGACUUUUCUUGCAUUCCCAGUUGCAUAGGACUUGAAUUAAGGAAGAAGUUCGAUUCUCACAUAGGCGCAGGAGAUUUGGUUGCUGAAGUGCUGAACUCCAGUAGGGGUAUUAGACAUGUGAUACAAGCUUAAAUUGCACAAUUACAGAAGACCACCUUGGUCAGAAUAGUAAAAAAUCUAACCCUGACACUGAUCAAUUGACAAUCAUUGUAAAGUGGAUUAUUUAAAUGUUUUAAAGGAUUUACUAUGGGGAAUAUAUAAAAUGUUCUAUAAAAUUCUAAAAAGGUUUAUUUCAAUCCUGACUCCACCUAUCACUUUCUCAAAUUAGGCUACUGAAGAAAUUGUUUCUGAUGCCGUUUAUCAGUUUAAGUAGAAAUCAAAAUAUUUGUGAAAAGGGUUUUGUUAUUUUUCCGUUAUGUUUUUGUUCAUUUUUCAGUCAUUUUGCUCAGUCAUUGUAUAGCCAUUUCCUUUUUCAAUCAUUCUGUUCACUUUUCAGUCAUGUCCAACUCUUCAUGACUCCUAUGGGGGGUUUUCUUAGCAAAAACACUGAAGUGGUUUUCCAUUUCCUUCUCUAGCUUAUUUUACAUAUGAGGGAUUGAGGCAAACAGGUUAAUUGACUUACUCAGAGUCACACAGCUAGUAAGUAUCUGAGGCUGUAUUUGAACUUGUCUUCUUGAUUCCAGGCCCUGCACUCUAUUCACUGUACCACUUAACUGCAGGAAAUGCUACAUUCAUAGAAUUUUAAGACAGGAAAGGGCUUGAGAGAUCAAUUAGACAGGAAUAAUCUAACAGCUAGGUCUUCUUUUUUCCUUUUUAGAGUUUUCAUAAUAUAUUUCAUAUGAUUAGUUUCCUUGACAAUUUUAUGUGUUUUACUUUAUGCAUUAAAAAAUAUAUUCUGAGAAGGAGUGUUCAGAUUUUACCAGCUUGCCAAAUGGAUCCAGGAUACAAAAUUCUCAAGAACUCUUGAGCUAGACCACCCUGCUUUUGGACAAGCUUAUUCUAGCUGUUCCAGAAAAAUAAUGAUCUAUUCUUCUCUUUAAAAUCUUUAAAGAAAGACAUUUCAUAAUCUUCCUUGCUACUUUCUUUAUAAUUUUGUUUCAGGAAGUUCUUCUUGCUGUCCUUCCAGAUUUACUCUACCCCUGCAAUUUAAUCUCUUAAACUGUAGGGCAGUAGAGAAAAGCUGCUCACCAAAAAAAAAAAAAAAAAAUGACUGUAACAAAACCUGAAUCUAGAUAAUUACAGAAAAAUCAUACAUGUCCCAAAGAUCCAGUGUAUGCAAAAAAAAAGAUCCUACUUGGGAAUGUUUGGGAAGGAGCAAUAAGGGUCAGUCCUCCAGUAUUCCUAACUAUUUUCUGGAUUUACAUAGAUUAGACUGACAAUGAGGUGAGCAGAUAGACUCUAUAAUCCCUACUGAUUUGGGGCACCUAUUUACACUCAGAUUUUGUAUCUCUUUUGCUAUUUCUAUCCAAGACUGACAUUCUAGUUACUCAAGCUUUACUUUUCAAAGAACCCACUUCCAGACCCUGGAUCAGACUCCAUUAUAGAUCCACCAAGAUUUUCUUUAUCUGAUACCAAUACAAACUCUGUUCAGUCCAAAACAAAGCAAAAAAAUAACUAAAUAAAUCAUUGAAAUGGCUUUUGUGUAGAUAAAACAAAGUAUUUUUUUUAGACCCAGAAUCUGACUAGAAUUCUUAAUAUCUGGUAUCUAGCAACUCAUUUCAUUAAACAUCAACAAACACAUAGUUGAAGAUUAAAAAUACCUUGUUUCAUCAGCUAUUGCAUUUAUUGUGUUGUCUUCAGCACAAUUCUAAGUUCAGUGGAAUAAUACAAAUAUUUUUAAGUUCAGUAGAAUACUAUAAAGCCUAAUGUGAUUGUUGUACCACAUCUCAAAUUAAUCCAAAAAUAUGACACUAGACAGAUGUACCAACAAGGGUACACAGUAAGGAGAAGAAUGUCCUGGGUCUUUAUUGUGCUCAAAACAUUAAGAACCAGUUGCAUGUGUGAAGACCAAGCUUGCAUUCAUUCAUUCAAGACAGCUAGAUUUUUCUCUUUAUAAUUUACUGAAAGCUGAUGAAUAUAAAAGCAAAUCCAAUGUUUUUAGAUGAAUAAUCAUUAGGUGUCACCUCUGCUGACAAAGAGGUAUUGAAGAUACACAAAGGGAGCAAAGGAUACCCUAAAGUAAUAAUAAAAGACUGGAUGGGAUCUUCAAUAUCAUCUAGACUAACUCCAUCAUUUUACAUGUGAGAAAUAUGAAGCCAGUAGGGGUGAGUUGACUUGCCCAAUCAAAUAGUUAAUUAACAAAGUAGUUCAAUAAUUCUAGUCAAGACUAAAAUUUAGAUAGCUUGCCUUCUAAUAUAAAGAGAAUAUAAGCCAAAUAUUAUCCCCCAAAAGCUCAGGAGCAGGGAAAAGAUGAUCUUGCCUUUAGAUCUCUGAAAUACAAGAAACACAAGUUACAAUGAUUAGAAAAGAGCAAAACUUCAGUAGUGAUUUUUGUGCUGAUAUUUUUUAAGUUUCUGCAAGGCAGAUACAUGAAAAGAAUUUAAAAUUACCUUUUAAAUGCUAUUUAUUUGUAAUUUGACCAGUUUCCUAAAGAAAGAACUAACUAUUGGUAUUCCAUACAUUUUCUACUAUGGAAAUUUUGUCUCUUCAAAAUCCAUUAUUGAACAAUGAUAAACAUUUCUAGUAUAACCCCCUACGUACACAGAACAAAGACAGAUAUUUAAGUUUUUUUGAUAGUCAACCACAUUCUCUACUGACAAAAUAGAUAAGCCACUGGUAAAUUAUUAUUAUAAAAAAAGUUAGCUACCUUUUGUUUCAACUGAUAAUUAAGAACUUAAUUCUCUGUUCAUUUUAAUAAAACUUUGCUAUAA